UCUAGGAGAUGAGUGUCAUGGCAGCCCUGUGUGUGAACGUGGUGACAGUCAACAUGUUACUGAGUGUCUUCUUUCUUUCAGGUGUUUGGACUGAAUGUGGUGAGAAAACAGGCCUCAACAUUACUGCACCAAAGAAGAUGGAAGCACUGAGUGGAUCUUGUUUGAAAAUCCCAUGUAACUAUACAGAGACACCAGGAAAAGGGUUUAACAGCAGCAGAAAAAUCUUUGGAGUGUGGAUUAAAAAUGACUCACACUUUGGCCCAAAUCCAAAUAAUGUAGUCUUCAACAGUAGUGGGUCAGUUAACAUCUAUCCAAUGAAUAUUACUGGAGACCUGAGUCAGAAAAACUGCACCACUCUGUUUUCUGGUUUAAAAAUAAGUUAUUCAGACACAUACUACUUCAGAAUUGACAACGAACCGUUCAAGGCAACAGCUGAUUGUGAUCCUCUUCAAAUAACAGUUAAAGAUUCUCCUUGGAGACCCACAAUUAACAUCUCAGGUGAUGUGAAGGAGAAGGAGUCUGUCACUAUCACCUGCUCAGCUUUCACUCCCUGUCCACACUCCCCUCCUCAACUCACCUGGAAUCUACAACAAGACCCUCACAACAAAAUAGAGGAAAACACAGAUGGGACCUUUACAACUAAAAUCCAGGAGACCAUCACUCUGUCAGACACACAUGAUGGAAACAACAUCAUCUGUUCUGUCAGAUAUCCUGUGAAUGAAGGAAAAGACGUCAAGACAGCAGAGACACAAGAGACUCUCAGUGUUUCAUAUGCUCCUAAAGACACCUCAGCAUCCAUCAGUCCAUCAGGUUUGGUGUCAGCAGGUAGCUGGGUGAAUCUGACCUGCUCCAGCAGAGCCAAGCCUCCCAUCAAACACUUCACCUGGUUCAAGAACAGCAAAGAUGGACCCAUGAUCGUAUCUGAAGGACACUUCUACAGCUUCAAUGUGACUGAUGGAGGAGUUUAUUACUGUGUGGCCUCAAAUCAACUUGGUAACCACACGUCACCGUGGAUUCAUCUGAACGUUGGAGUCUUGUUACCUUGGGAACCAGUUGUUGGAGGAAUCAUUGGGAUCAUUGUUCUCAUCUGCUUGGUCAUUUUUGUUUGGUGGUUAAAGUCAAGGCAUCAAAGUCAACAACAGACUCAGAGUCAAAGAGGUGGAGAUCUGGUUGUUGAAGAAGCUGCAGGUGAAACAGAAGAAGUAGAAAACAUCCAUUAUGGAGAGAUCAACUUCUCCAAGCAGAGACGUGACCCGUCCUCUGACUCAGUGCAGGACAGUGGACAGCAGCAGGACAGGGUGUACACACAGGUCAAGAUCAAGAAACCAGCAAAGAGAUUAACACAGACUGUUGACGACACAGAUUAUCUCUAUGCUGAAGUCAAGAAAAAAUGA